AUGUCUGGCCCCUUCCGCUUCCAGCAAGAGGAAGCCAGAUCGCCGCUACUGACUCGUGUUAGCGAUCGGACCGCGUCGCCCUUCUCCGCAGGCCAGCCUGUGUCGUUCAAGACCAACGUCAACCGUGCCAAAACCAAGAAAUGGGUCCAGGCAAAGAAGAACGCCUACGACGGCGACGAUUGGGGCGGCUACGACGAGUAUGACGAAUACGGCGUCAACCAGGAGCCCGAGCAGCCACAGCCUCUGGCGCAGCGAUACUAUGCCCAGCGGACUGAGCAACCAUCGCGCAGCUUCACCGACCCGUCCCAGCAGGCGCCCCUCCCACGAGCCCGAAGAAAUUCCUUCGAGCACGGCGAGGAACAGCGCGCUUUCUCCUCAACAAUACCGCAACCCCAACAUGGACAUGGCCAUGAGCAUGAGCAGGGCUAUCACGUGGGAGAAAGAAGCGACUUCAGCCCCUCUGCCAUGCCCCCGCCUCUCCAGACUCGCAUAUCCCAGGUCCCUGCCGAUUUCGCCCCGCCGCUCAAUACACAAUUCCCCCCGCGCAAGAGCAGUAUAGGCCAGGGAGACAUGCCAAUGCCUACUUCGCCACGAUCACGCAAUGGCAGUCAGGCAUCUGACAAGCCGCUACCCUUCAUCAGACCAGCCGACAUAUACAAGCGGCACCAAGAGGAGCGGGAGCGGGCGUCAAUGGAAUCAUCGCGACCAAGCCUGGGCCCUCUUUCCUCCCCGACACAGGACAAUGUCGUCUCCGCUCAAGAAGGCGGACGAUCGCUGCAGCCCAUGGAAACUGUCGCUGAGCGCAAGAGCGAGUAUCUGCCUGAUUAUGAUGCAGCAGCCCCGCACGACAAACAACAACCCCAGCAAGAUCAACCCCUUGUGUCACCACAGGAUGACCAGGGUCUACGCUCCGUAGUUGAUCAAGCAUUUACUCGCGCUGAUGAAUCGCGCUCCGUUCCGCCAACGCCCAUAUCAAAUGACAACGAUUCAACCUCAGACCUUCUGAGGAGCAACACUGGAAGCACUUCCGGAAUCAGCCCAAUCAUGAGCCGCGUGCCCAGCUCAGCAGCCUCAGCAUUGAAAAACCGUGAUCAGGCAGAAAGCACCACACCCGCCAUUGCAGAAGAACCAAGUGAAGUCACGACGCCCGUCACCCAGCCAACCUCCGCGAAGAUCGUCGAGCCCAUGCACAACGUUCCACGAAAACCGUCGCCAGGUCACAGUCGCAACUUCUCCAACUCCUCUCUACCGCGCAGUGGCCUCGCUACGCCCACACGCGGUGACAGUCCUGCACGAUCCCCUGUCUUAGCACCGAGCAGAGACGUACCCCAACCCGAAUCCGCUCUUGUCACGACGGAAAGCAACGAAACUCCGGGCGCAAUGGAAGGCGACCUUCAAGGUUCAUCCCCUGCAUAUGCUACUCGCGAGGCAGACAUUGCUACUGCUGUUAGGGACGGUCCAGACAAUGGCGCACCCGCACUGGGCGCUUCAGAGCUUCAAUCACAGAACAAUUUCCUCGAAUCGCAUAACGCGCAGAGCCCUCUCGAUGAUGGCUUGCCGCGCGAUCGCUCAGAGUCUCCAAGCAAGGGUCGUGUGCAGGCGUUGGCUGGCAAAUUCGGAGAGGUAGCAUCCUCGAGACGUGGCUCUACACAGUCCAAUCGUUCGAGGAACAGUGUUCAAUCGUGGGAACGGAGCAACGACAAUUCACGUGCGGCGUCUCCAACGAAAGCUAGCCCUUCGAAACCUAGUAGUCCUGUCAAAGAAUUUCGUCCCCAUCUUCCAGGCCAGUGGGAGUCUUAUGCAACUACCGCUAUGACACCUUCGGAUCAGGGCGAGCACGACCGUCGAUUGAGUUUCGCGAACAAUGGUCCGAGUGCGCUCACCAAAUCCGAUCUGACGCCUACAACGGACAAGCAGCCACUUGCUGGGGCAUUGUCGGCAGAAACAGACACCCCAGACCCGCUCGCCGCUCUUAGAGAUGCUGGAGCUGCGAUGGUCAAUUCUAUCCGCACAACCUUGGGUGCCGAUGACCAAACGUCCGAGACUCAACAGCAGCAAGCACGCCGUGCUGACCAUGGAAAUAUCUAUCUACCAAGGCCUCUUCAGCUAGAUCGUACGGGCACCUCCGGCUCAAGCGUGCCCCCAACCCCCCCUGCGAAAGACACUCCGGAAUCAGAGUUUCCACCACCCCCGCCUUUGAAAGAGAGGCCCUCACAGCCCUUUAAGAGUCAGCCUAAGCGGCCGAGUCUCGAUCCUCAGUUGAGUACUGACCCUUCAGCUGAAGACCAGGAAAGCGACCGUCUUCGCAAGGAGAUUGUCGCCAGUCUCAGCCCUUUCAAGGCUCCAGCGUCGCCGGCCAGCGAGUCUAAUCAAGCCUCGCUCCACCCCGUCAGCCCAGGCACAAAUCGUGCUAGCUCUAUUCUGCCCAGUGAGUAUGAUACCUACUGGGCAGAUGAAGACCGGGCUUCUCGUCGAUCUUCGCAGGUUACUGAGCGCUAUGCUCAAGAUCAGCCAUCCGAUGCGACCGUGUCUUUCCUCCCACAAUCGGAAGAACCGACCAAGCCUGUGAUACUCAAUCGAUUUAGCUGGGAAGCAAGCAAUCCGCAACUGCAAACACCAGACCAGCAAGCGCAGGGUGAAGCCGCUGUUGAGCCUACAAAAGCCUCACAGGCAACGGAGAGUCCUAUUCCCACCGUGGAACGAGCUGCAGAUCAAGAACGGCAAGAGUGGUCAGAAGGCCUUUCAGACUCGUACUUUGGCCCAGAGCACACUUUCACGGUUACUAAACCUGACCCUAGUAGUAGCAGUGAUAUGCCGCAACGAUCUGCUUCUCCAACCGUUGAUACUGCGCGCUCCGUAAUCAGCCCUGCUCGAGAAGAAACACGCUCUCCGCGACUUCAUGUUGUUAACACAGAGCUCAGUCCCGAAGCCGUGGAUCUACCUCCACGUUUCAGUGUGGAGCAUGAGCAGCCCUCGGGAUUCAGAGGAUCCGGCUUAAACGAGAAGCAACAGAUAGAGCAGCCUGCGGAACAUCCCGCAAUCGUGCCAUCUGACGAGGAGCCGAAAACACCUAUUGCCGUACAGGAGCCUUCGCCGAAGUCGCCAAGCACGGACAAGCCUUUGGGCGCUCGGGAGAUAGCAACGCUUAACACCGCUGCUGAGCGAAUUGACACCUACAACAAGACACGCGAGUACUGGGCGACAGUUGAUCAUGGCCUUAAUGACUGGCUACGUUCUGCGCUCGAAGCAAACCCCGAGCUGGCUACGCAGACGUACCCAGUACAGCGUAUGCCUACGAGCUCGGCACGUCACAGGCACACAGGCUCUCUUGCACUGUUUGGCAAACUUGGUGGUUCGAGUAGCUACGACGUGAGCGCUGAUCAGAAUAAUAAUGCUAGCGUACCAGUUCCCGCGAACUCAGGCUCUCCCACCAACCCUGCACCUUCUGGUUCAGGAUUUGGCGGACGAAUUGCAAACCAGCAGAUGCAAUUGAAAGGCAAGGACUUGCUUCAUACUGCUAAUGUGUUAGGAGGGAAAGGCAUGACCAGUGCGAAGGGAUUGUUUGCGAAAGGCAAGAGCCGUUUCGGCCGUGAAAAGGCGCAUUUGGGCAUAUUGCCCUCGCCAGCAAAGAGUGCCUUUUCAAAUCAGGGCAAGGACGCUGAAGACUAUGUUCCUCCUGUUCCCCCCAUCCCAAACGAGGUUGCCAUCAAGCAUUAUCGACUUUUUGCUGACGAUGAUAACAUCUCUGGUGCGCAAGAAAGGGCGAAUGACUAUAAGAGAAUGCUUCGUGGCCCAGAGGAAUCUUUCCAAUCAGACCUACCUACAGCAGAAUCUGGUCAUCUCCGACGCGACGGGUUUCAAUUCGGGUUCAGUGACGAAUCGCCAGAGAGGGUCAGAGAUGAUCGCAUCGAUGAUGACGAUCAACCGCCACAAUUGAAUCACGAUCCAUUACCAGCAUCCUCGCGACAUGGUCAACAAUCGCCGCCUAUGUUCACUAACAGACACCUGGAUGUGAGCGAUGAAGACAGCGACAGGGAGCCUGUUCGUGGAAGAAGUCUUGCACCAUUGACAGCACUGAAUGCGAAGCAGGAAUCUGACAGUGUCAGCCCUGUACUACCUCCUGUGGGCAAAUCUGCCAGUACGGCAUCGAACAAGAACGGGAGAGUGCAGGAUGUCGAGCGCGAUGACCAACUGCAUGGAGCCCGAGUCAUCAGGUAUGAAGAUACACCCUUCGUGCUGGCGCGACAGCCACUAGACAAUGUCGCUGCCAUAGAAAGGCCGUCUAUGGAUCCCACCAAUACCCUAAGUUCGAAAGAAAAGCCCCAGGAGUCUGCAGAACACUCGUUACCGGAUAUCGGACACGAGACCCUUGUUUACGGCAGCUCUUCGGUUCCGCCGCACCACGCAGUCCACAAGCUCGCCAGCGCAGAACGAACGAUCCGCCACAAAGAACGUGCAUCUAAUGUUGAGUCGCCUACUCUGGGUCUUCUUGAUGAUGCCUUUCGUACUGGCAAAGUCUGGCGAGUAUCGUCGCUCGAAGCUAAUGUACCUGCAUCCGAUGCGCCGUUGGAUCUGAAAGACGACGAGGGCAUGUCGAACGCUGAAAAGGCGGAUGCGGAACGCGCUUUCAGUCCUGUGUGGUUUGCUCAGAGUGACUUGCAGCUUCCGACAAGCACUCGGAAUCUCGGGAAUGCAGAUGGAAGCGCAGGAACCCGCGCGACAACAUCUGGAGAAGAACGCGACGCAAACGCACGCAGUCGAGUAAUGGCCGUUGGCGCGAUUGCAGCCCCAGCCCAGCAGGCAAUACGAAGACAUGGGGACCGGGAGCCUUCGCUUAGCCACACCCUUGCGGGGGCCAGUGCUGCGGCGGCUGACAGCGACACCUCGACGCGCUCCGCGCCGCCCUCCUUAGUUGUCGACGCCGCUGAAAGGCAUACCGCCGCCUCCGGAUCACUUAAUCAGUCAUGGGACCGCGGACACAACACCAUUGAUCCACGCGUGGCUGAGCGCGCUUCCGAUGACAUGGGGGACAAAAGCAACCUCGUCACGCCCGCCGGGCAGGUUCCGCGCAUCAUCACUCAGAACAGUCCGGAGACACCCAAGGCUGGACAAUUGUACAGCGAGCAUUCACGUCCCGCGAUGUCAAACGGUUACUUCCAUGGUCAAGCCAACUUUCCGGACUUCAAGCACCAAGCACAGCAACUCCAGAUUUCACAUCCCGCUACGGCGGCUCCAGAACGGUCAAGAUCCAUGCUCUCGCAGAUAUCUGCCAUGGUCUCUGACGAGGGAAGCAACCCUUAUUCUCAAACAUCUACUGGAAGAUCGACCCCGUCAACAAUUCGUCGUAUGCAGCCGGAGUCCACCGUGAAGCCUUCGGCAGUCCCGCCACAGAUCCCAGAGGAGAUUCUGAUGUCGUAUGGUGGAGACAAUGAUUUUGAUCUUUACGCAGAUCAUAACGGAGUUGUCAAGGAUGUGCAAGACGAGCGUGGUCAGCCUUUGCGACUUGGGGAUCUCGAGGUACCAGGGACAACUACCCGACAACAGCCGCCACGGCCUUCAACUUCCGGUCUUGCGACAGCGCCAGCAUCUCGCGAUGGUGAACGUCCACGAUACAGUUUUGAAAGGCCAAUGAGCUUCGUCUCAGGACCCGAAGACCAAGACGGCAAACCUCAAGAUCAGAUCAACCAGGCCGCGUCUGCGAAUGCAAGGGAACUUCCUCCAGUCGCUGAGCAGCAUCGCAAUCAGCCCAAGCAAUCACUAUACAUGGAUACAGUGUACUCGCCGAAGCCGCCAGCAAACGUGGCACCGCUAACGGAUCAGAGCGCAUUGAGGCACCAGCCAACGCUUGCAUCUGGCCCAUCUCCACCCAAGAAUAUCUUCCAGGCGGUAAAGUCAAUCGACCCCAGUAACAAAACGACCCAGAUUACUGUCAAUUCUUGGCGUUCUGCGGGCGACCAAGCUUCCCAGCAAGCAGUUUCCGGAAGUCCUAAUCUCAACUGUCAGUUACCACAGGCCAAUCAAGCUUCGAGUCAUGUCCCGCUAGCAGAACAGGAGAUGUCAGCAAUCCCGGGGCCACAGAGUAACUCGAAUCGCGCACAAGGGCAGAUCGAACCCCAUGGACCAAGAAAUCAAUUUGAACUGCAACAGCAAUUGUUGCAGAGGCAAGGGCAAUACCAAGUUGCGGAGUUCAAACCACCCACCAAUUCGUCGUCUCCACCUGUAGAACAAGCAUCAAGACACCAGGAGAAGUCAUCUUCGAAACCUCGGCUUACAUCAAUGUUCAAGAGCUUUGGUGGCAAGACACAGCCGAAGCUUCAGCCUACGACCAACGCUGGUAAUACAGCCAUGAUUUCGCAGUUCAAGCCACUUCCACCAAAUCCCAGUUCUGGUACUCCGUUUCACUCCGUAAUGGACAAAUUCAUGCGCCCUAGAGAGGCAUCGGCAGAAAGGCUUAUCGACCAGUCACAUUCUUCUCUGCCGCAUAGUCGCCCAACUAUGGGGCAGCAACCGCAGUUUGGUCAGGCUUCAUUGCAGGUACAGUCGGUAGACCUCCGUGUUGAUUCGAAAAAACCCAUUGCACUCUCCCUUCCGAGCGGCUUUUCAUCCCAGCAGCCACCGUCAACAUCCAAUGUUCAAGUCCAGGCCCAUCAAGUAUCACACUCGAAAACACCAGAAUCUGGCAAGAAGAAGAGACUCUCCGCAUUGGGCGCUCUAUUCAUUCGAGGUGGUGCGAAUGGUGAUGGACCGGCUACAAAAUACAACAUGUCAAAAGAAGGAAAGAAGGCACAGAGUAGUCAACAGGCUACCGCUGCUCCAGCUGCUUCAACCGCUUUUCAAAGAAUACCUCAGCAUCAGCAGAACAAGUUGCAGCAAUCUGGUCUAUCAUACUAUCCUCCUGGACAACUUCCGCCUCAUACCAUACAAAUACAAUAUUUGAGAACACUCUUGCGCACACGCGAGAUCAAGGUUCGCAUCCACCGCCUGGAGGAUACUAUGAGCACCAUGUCGAAGCAGGUCCAGCUGGGCGUGGAGCCUACGCAGCUUCUUUAG